UGCUUUGGCAGUAACAUGUCUUUGUUCAUGCCAAUAAAGCCAUUUAAAUUUGAAUUGAAAAUUGAAUUGAGAGCUCUGUUUGGUCUCUUGGAAACACAGCCGGAGUGAGAGCUCUGUUUGGUCUCUUGGAAACACAGCCGGAGUGAGAGCUCUGUCGUGUGUCCUCCUCUGUGCUGCUCUCCUCCUCCUCUGUCUCCUCCGCUAGCUUAGCCUGCUAGCUGGCAGCUCAGGUAAACAUGGCCAUGUCGCAGGCUCUGUCAGAGGAGGAGUUCCACCGGAUGCAGGCUCAGCUGUUGGAGCUUCGGACUCAGAACUACCAGCUGUCUGAUGAUCUCAGGAAGAACUCUGCUGAACUGAACGCCGUCCGUCAGAAGAAUGUGGUUCUGGAGAGAGAUUUUGUCAAAGCACAGAAGGCUUUGAAUAAGAGCAAAAAAGCUCAGGAGGUGGAGGCGCUGCUGAGUGAGAAUGAGAUGCUUCAGGGGAAACUCCACAGUCAGGAGGAAGACUUCAGACUACAGAACAGCACGCUGAUGACUGAACUCUCAAAGCUGUGUACGCAGAUCGAGCAGCUGGAACAGGAGAACCAGGGCCUGAAGGAUGGAGGAGCAGCCUCUGCGUCCACCCCCCCACCCAACCCCGCCUCCAGUCCUGUCGAUGGAGAGCUGCUCCGCCUGCAGGCUGAAAACUCCACCCUGCAGAAGAAACUCAAAGCUCUCCAGGAGCGCUUCGACAAGGAGCUCCAGAGACAGGCGGUCGCCCAGGGCAACCAAAGCGCUACCACGGAGACAGAAGAGUCCAGCAGUGCCAACGGAGUCUCUGAUGUCACAGGGAGAGGGGAGGAGCCAGCAGCAGAGGGAACCAAUGAGAGACUGGACCAGACGGAGGCUCAGCUGGAACUCACAGAGAAACAGCUCCACGGCCUGUCAGAGAAGAGCGUAGAGAAGAUUGUAGCUAAGCAGGCAGCGCUAGGCUGGUCGGCUGCUCUCUGUCCAAUAACUCACUGCUUUGGACCAGAGCUGGAGAUGGCACUGAACACCGAGCAGGAGGAGAAGAGGCUGCUGAGGGAGCAGGUCCAACACCUGGAGGCGUCCAAACAGGCUGAAAUCACCAAACUGCAGGAAGAGAUAACAAAGCUGUCUGACAAGUUAAAGAAGAAACAGGAGAGUUUUCAGCGUCUGCAGGGAGAGAAGGAGGCUCUGUACAACGACAGCAGGACAAAGAUAGAUGAGAUCAACCAAAGGAAAGAAGAAGAGCUGAAGGCCACAAACAUCCGCAUCCAGAAACUACAGUCAGACGUCAUGGCAGCCAAUCAGCUGACAGCUGAGCUGAGAGAGCAGCUGCAGAGCAAAGAGAAGGAACAUGAACUGGCUCUGCACAACCUGAAAGACCAGGUAGCCAGUCAGAGCGCAGUCAGUCAGGAGCAGGUGGACAACAUCCUGCAGGAGAACGAUGCUCUGAGGACAAACCUAGCUGCUCUAGAACAGAUCCAGACGGUGAAGACGCAGGAGAUGAAUCUGUUGCGUGAGCAGCAGGAGGCGCUGACGGCCGAGCUGCAGCAGAGACGAGCUGAACAGGAGAGUCUGUUGGCUCAGAGGGACGACCUGGACUCCCAGCUGCAGGAGUCGAGUUUCGCCAACAGGAAGUUGUUGGAGCAGUUAACAGAGGAAGGACAAGAGAAGGAGAAACUGCUGAGAGAUCUGGACGAGGCUAAGAAGACAGCAGAGAAGAGGAAGGCCAUGUUGGACGACAUGGCCAUCCAGCUGAACCAGGAGAAGUCCGACCACAAGGAGGCGCUGUCAGACCUCAAGCUGCAGCAUGAGAAGGAGGUCCUCGGGGUGAGGGCUCGUUAUGAGAAGGAGCUCAGAGGACUCCAUGAAGACAAGAAUCGCUCAGAGGAGGAGAUCCGACAGCAGCUCAGAGAUGAAAAGGCUCGGACGAAGGAGCUGGAGGGUCUCCAGCAGCGGGUGGAGGAGCUGCAGGCUCAGGUUCUGUCCAUGGAGGGAACCAAAGGAUGGUUCGAGAGACGACUGAAGGAGGCCGAGGAGAACAUCGAGAAGAACUCUCUUGAGCAUCAGGAGGAGAUCCAACGGCUGCAGAAAGAACACACACUCCAGCUGGAGGAGAGGCAGUCAGAGAUGGAGGGGGUGAAGCAGCAGCUGGUGGAGGUGGAGAAACAGAAGGAGGAACACAACGACACCAUUGGAAAACUCAAACAGGAGAUCAAAGACACCGUGGACGGUCAGAGGAUUCUAGAAAAGAAGGGAAGUGCAGCGCUGAAGGACUUGAAGCGGCAGCUGCAGCUGGAGAGGAAGAGAGCCGACAAACUUCAGGAGAGACUCCAGGAAAUACUGACCAACAGCAAGACUAGGACAGGUCUGGAGGAGCUGGUCCUGUCAGAGAUCAACAGUCCCAGUCGGACUCAGCAGACCGGAGACUCGUCCUCUGUCUCCUCUUUCUCCUACAGAGACAUGAUGAAGGAGGCUCAGCCGACCAAUCAGAACAAGUCUGGAGGAGGCAGCCCUCAGUCUCAGCGUCCUGCUGAAUUAUCUGACGACGAGGUCGGGGAGUUGUUCCAGCGACUCGCUGAGGUUCAGCAGGAGAAAUGGAUGCUGGAGGAGAAGGUGAAACAUCUGGAGGUGAGCUGUUCAUCCAUGGCUGAAGAUAUCUGCAGGAAGAGCGCUAUCAUAGAGACCUACGUGAUGGACAGCCGCAUAGAUGUGUCGGGCAGUGCAGUCGGAGGUCACGGAGGCUCUCAGGGGGACAGAGGAGGUCUGGGUUCGGUCCUCAGAGAUCUGGUCAAACCAGGAGACGAGAAUCUGAGAGAGAUGAACAAGAAGCUGCAGAACAUGUUGGAGGAGCAGCUGACCAAGAACAUGCACCUGCAGAAGGACCUGGAGGUUUUGUCCCAGGAAUUAGUCCGUCUCAGUAAAGAGAGCAGUCCUGGUGGCAGUGCAGCCGGAUCGGGAUGAGACUAUCACCUGGAUCCAUCCGUCCAUUUCCUUCCUUCUCACUACUAUUAUCCGCCUCAGCUGGAAGGUGUGGGCUGGGCUCAGACUAACACCUGGAACCAACAUUUCUUCCUUCUCCCACUUCCUGCUUUCAUGACCUCAGACCUGCUGUGGGCUUCAGCUACCAUCUGGAACCGCAGUGAUUUCACCAUCUCAGUCUGCCUGCUGGGCUACGACUAAAUGCUGGACUCUGUUGUUUCUGAAUGAAGAGAGGAAACAGUAAGUUUUUACGUCCAAACUACACACCAGAGGGAAUAAAAAGUCGGGCUCAGUUUAUUUAUGUUGCUAUUGAAUGUACUGUAAUUAGACUGCACCACUCAGUUCCUCUGAGACCUGGCUACAACCUGGAACACGUACAUUGUAACAGACUUAUGAUUUGUAUUGUAACGACUGUAAAUCUUUACUGUCACCGCUUUCUGUGUCCGUCUGUCGGGUCCUGGCUAUGUCCUGGAAAACACUUAACUGAAUGAAUGACUAACCUUAUUGGUUUCUAUGUGCAGUAACUCUGUUGUGAUCUGGCUAUUUCCUGAGCUUCCUGUCUGCAACAGAAUACGUCAGUACUGAACACAGUGGGGUCUGUCUAUAACCUGGAUCAUCGAAGGAGUUUUUAUUGAGCUUUAAGAUUAAUUCCUGGAAACAGACGUUUGACGAAAACACAAGGAUUCAUUUAUUCCCGGAGCUUUCAGCCACGUCUCAUGAGCUUCAUGAUUUCCUUUGUUGUGGUCAGGUGAUGAUGAAUCAUCUCUGUGACGACUGAGCCAAGAUCUGAGGUCAGACGCAUCAUCCAUGUGCGAGCGCAGAAACCCUGCGAACGCCUUUUCCUGCACAUUAUAAACGAAGAGUGUUCACAUAUCACGCAGACGUCAGCGUUCACACGGUUUCGGCAGCGAGACGAUGAGGGCGAGAUUAAACUUCAGUUCAGAGACAGAAAAACUGUUUUUAGGUUCUUUCCCAGUUUAACUGAUGGUGUUAAUUGUUGUCAGGCUGCGCAGCGAUCUAUUAAAUGUCAAAGUGUAUUUAUAAAAGUUAAUUUUAAAUGUUAAGUGAGUGAUUAAUGUUCAUCAUCAGGGUGGUACCUGACUCAGAAUCAGACUUGACUGAAUCGUUGUACACAAGGUGUCAUACAUCUGACAGAAAGAAUGCGUCUGCAUAUUUCUGUAUCUGAGCGUCAACACAGUUUCAGUCAUGAAUCUACAGUUUUAUGCGUCUGUCCCCAGCUGUUGAUGAAGUCCAUGAGAUGUAACUGAAAGCUCCAAGAAAAAUAAGUUGACCUUUUUGUCAGGAGGUUUUGAUGUCGUCCAAAGUAACAGAAGUUUAAUCUAAGUGACUGUUCAGCCGGUAAAUGUGGUCGAGGGUCAGGAGAGAGGUUUGUGUCAAAACUGCGUCCGAAUCCAAAGUGUGGAAGAUGAAGUGAACAGCAGGCGUCACACAGAGAGAGAGAGAGGGGGGGGGGGGGACAUGAUGGUGUUUAAAGAUGGAGGACACUUCUGUCAAAAUCACAUCGUCUCUCCUGAAAGAACAUUUGUGUUUCCCAGGAUGGCGAAGGCUCGACUGGCCCUACUCUGCCUCUGAUUGGCUCAGGGCUCAUUUAGGGGCCGUACACAUGCUGCGUCUUUUCUGCCCUUCAGCGUCACCACCCUCAAACUUCCAUGCGUCCUUUAUGAUAUCAUAGAUACAGCCAAUAGAUGGCACCAGAGGGCGGAGUCAAAGGUUUCACAUGGUAACAGUCCAGGUGACGGUGGAGGAGGUCGUGAUAAUGUACCUUCAAACGGAGGCAGAGUUGUAGACGGCGAUGGUGUGUGAGGUCUUUGAAUACAUCACAACAUUUGGACGGAGAAUUUUUUUUUACUCAUUAUUAAAUUUGGUCUUCGUGUCUCGCUUGAACUACGCUUCACUGCCUCCGUGAUCUCUGAUGGUUCUGCUCUGUUUCGUAUGUACCCACAAAUUUUUUAAGAAAAUGAGCACGAACACAGACGAGAUGAAUGCAGAGUACAGACAGAAAGGUCCGUCUGUCUCCGUCUGUCUCCGUCUGUCUCUGUCUCUGUCUCUGUCUCUGUCUCUAAUGUUGAGCGGAAAUGAGCCCUUAAAUGCGGGCGGGUUGUUUCCGUCCAGCACUCGCUGUAUUUCCUCAUCAGAUGGAAGUCUGCACCUGGUUUAUCGUCCACAGAACGAGGCAUUUUGAAAACAAAAUAUAACGGGCUGCAGUGAGAGUCUCUCUAUGGGAUAUUUAAAAACCACAGGUGUGUGCGUUGAGUUCCUGUCAGGCAGGAGGCGGGGUUUAAUCGUGGCGGCGUGCACAGGAACAAUGCUCCACUAUGAUUUUUCUCCAGUUGAGGAUUACAAUCUGUGCUGGUUUUAAUUCAGCGUUGAGUAUUAAUCAGCCGUCACCCUGGCCAGUCCCUCUCCUCUCACCAAACCCGACCAAUCCAACCAACCAUGGCAGCGAGUACCAGCCAAUCAGAGCAAGAGUAGACGGGUCAUUGUCAUUGCUAUCCUUGGAAACGCAAAUUCACCUUUUGCAAUAAAUUCAUAGCUUCGACCCCCGCUGGUCACAUCAUGAUGUUGUGUGAAGAAUAAAUAAAGAGACCUGAGAGAGAAGUUCAAGCCCCGCCUCCUCUCUCACCUCCACACAGCCGACCAAUCACAGAAAAGUUAAUGUGAACGAGUCGGCAGAAACAACUCUGACAUGUUUGUUUCAACGACCUGUUCACGACGAACGUCAGGGCGAUGUGACGGAGCGAUCAGAAGAGCGUUAAAUUAUCAGAAAGUUCUGUCGACAUUAAAAACUCUCGCACUCUGCUACAUCUCAUCUUCUCUCAAACUCGUUUCAUCAGAGUGUGUUUGUCGGCCGUGGCUAUGUCAUGGAGCACAAACGGGCUGUACUCAUGUUAACAGACUGAAUGUUAACGUUUUGUUUUUUUUUCUGUUUGUGUUGGGCCAUGGUUAUUUCCUGGAAAAAACGCCUGUCGUUCCCUGCGGAGUUGAGUUUUUGCGGCCCGGCUACGAUGUGGGACGAUUGUGCAUCCCGUCUUUUAUUUAUAACUUUUCACUUUACUGGGAUGUUUAAUUCCUUGUGGAAAUGCAUCUGUAUCUCCCGUUACAGAGCGUGUCUCAUUAAACUGUGGCACGGACGUCAAAUGGGUCAGACUAUUUGCUGGGUGUUACAGAACGCUUUAAUCCUCCUUAUUUGAGAGUUUUAUUCAAAAGAUAAUUUAGAGAUUUCAUUAGUUUAUUUUGAAAUUUAAAAAAGAAAUGCAUGAAAACAGGAAACAACUUUAAGAUCUGCACUUUGAGUCUGUUUCAGAUUAAAACAUAAAAUGAGUCAAAGCAGUUAAAACAAUCUUUUCUUACUUUAGUAAAUGUCUUGAUGUUGCCUUCACUUCCUCCCGGACAUUCAUAUCAGCCUGGGAUGCAGAAUGGCUCGAUGAAAACUAAAAUGUUUGUCUCUUUGCUUUUUGAUAAUUCAGCUUUUUAUCUCCAGGGCUGUGUCUAAUUCUUGGAUCACAUGGACUGUAAUUUGUCUUGCACUAUUAUUUUAUUUUGUGUGACUUAUCUCCAUCCGUACUGGGGACACCAAAUGGUGCAGAAAAACAAGUGUAACUGUCAGCUUUGGCUGCGGGCUGGGUCUGCUUCCUGCUUCAAACAGCAUAUCUUAUUUUUAUUCUGACUGUCUCUUUAAAUCUGUUUCUGUGACUGUCAGAAAAAUAAUGUUGAACUUUUGACAGGAAGUGAAACUCAAGCACUUCCUGUCUGCUCUGCCUUUGUUUAUUCUCUUUGAUAUUUUUUUGUUUUUGCUACGUGGCCCCUGACUACGUCCUGGACUGAACCUCUGGCACAGGCUGCUUCUGGUGACCGGGCUCUGACUAUAUCCUGGACAUAAUGCUUGUGGCAGUCUGUGUGUUUUAUGCUGUAACUGCCUGUAACAUCUCUGCUUUAUUUUUGGUUUGUAAAAAAAAGAAUAUCCAAAUUUCAGUCUGAUGUAAAGACGUUAAAAUGUGAGAGACGUCGUUGACUGUUUGCGGUGCAGCUUCACGUGUUUAAGGAAACAGACCUCAGAUCCUUCACACCAAACUUAGUGGCAUUAUUACACAUGAUUGAAACGAUGUGAGAACAGCAGGACGAAGUGGAGACGUCACAGUAUCGAAGAUAAAUCUCAUUAUAAAGAUAAAAAUAUUAACAGUAGUUGUAGAGUAGUCGAGCUGCACUGAAAACACACUGAUGUUUUCUCUCGGUCCGUCACUGGCUCAGACUGACUGAGCGGGAUCGGUCUAUGUGCUGGGCAGUGACGUGGCCUGUUGCUUUGUUUUGUUUGUAAUGUUUAAAUCUGUAUAUAUCUACACGCUGUGACAUGACUUCUAACUGUAUGAAGAAUCAACUGAUGUAUUUAUGACACCGAUGAUGAUCAUGACGCUAAUUAUUGUAACAUGGAGAACAUAUGAUAAAAUAUUGUCUGAAGACGA